UCACGCGGGGCUUUUGCAGCGCCCGCCAUCAGCAGCAUCAAGAACUACACGACUACUAAUACUCGAUAUUCAUCUCUCUCCACAGCUCAUCGUCGCAUUAUCCCAUCGUCUACCAAAUCAAUUACCCAUUCUCAGAUACGCUCCACCACCAAAAUGUCUUUCAGCAACGCCGACACUGGUUCAAAGACCGCCGACCCUUACACGGCAAAGAACAAGGAUGAGCCCUCGCUCAAGACCAAGGUCGAGGACUUGAUCCAGUUCGCGGAGAAGAGCAAGUUCUGUCUCCUCACCACCAUCACACCGGACGGUCAAGUCGCCACUCGAUGCAUGGCAUUGGCCGGCAAGGAGAACAACGGAAUCGACUUCAUCUUCCACACAAACACCGAGUCUGGCAAGACAGACGACCUCGACGCCAAUCCCCAGGUCAACUUGGGAUUCCUGAACUCUAGCGGCGAGUGGGCAUCAAUCUCCGGCAAGGCCAAAGUCGUGACGGACCGCGAAGAGGUCAGGAAGCACUACUCUGAGCACCUCAAGGUCUGGCUCGGCGACCUUGGUGAUGGCAAGCACGAUGGUGGCCCAGAGGACCCGCGCAUCGGCGUGAUCAAGGUGCACUCCAACACAAUCCAGUAUGCCACCAGCCGCCGCAGCGCAAUUGGCGGCGCUGUUGAGCUCGUCAAGAGCUACGCUACUGGCGAGACCGCUCAAGUCAACAAGCUCCGACACAUCAGCGAGCAGGAGCUGGAACAAUGGCGCUCGUCAUAAGCGUUAUCAGCCAGCCACUGCCGUCACACAAUAACCAGCCAGCUCUUUGUCGCAUCGACCACGGAGGACAGCACCAGUGAGUUGGCCAGCUGCCGUUUGAACCACAACGAUGGGGCAUCGCGAAGAUGUUGAAAACGAGGACCGAUGACAUUGGCAAUCAGCCAUUAGGUCAUAGCCGCUUCACGCGCAAGGACAUAUGUGCAUGUAUACCGAAACGAAGACAAUGACGAAAGUUUGCAUGACCGUGAGCAGUGUCCGUGUGAUUACCGUUUGACGUUGGAGCAGAAUGACAGACGUACGGGAUCACAUACCAUCAACAACACGUGCCUUCCAGCGCAAAUCAUGAACUGUGACGCGAUCGAGUCAUGCUGCCGGACGAACGAUCGUCAAACGAAGUUUCGUUCGCUCGAGGUGCCGGCAGUCAUCAUUCGUAUCGACAACAUACGCCCGAGA